AGACAACGCUGUUGCUAGAGAGAGCCGCAGCAACUGCAAGUCGAGAAUCAUCUGGCACGCACGGGCUUCAUACCUGAAUCCAGAAUUCCAGAUCCCUCUCCCUUCUUCCUCACCAACCUCGUCGCACAAAACCCCCACAGCCCGCAACCUCAAGCGGCGAGGCCGGCAAGGCCAACAGCGGCGGCGAUGGAGUCGCCGGAUCCCUCCUCCUCCGCUCCUGUCCUCCUCAACAUCGGUGGGAAGAAGUACGCGACCACCGCCGAGACGCUCACGCAGCGGGAGCCCGGCUCCAUGCUCGCCGCCAUGUUCAGCGGCAGGCACACGCUCCCGCGCCACCCCACCACGGGGGCGGUGUUCGUGGACAGGGACGGGAAGCAUUUCAGGCAUAUCCUCAAUUGGCUAAGGGACGGUGACAUCCCUGUGCUGUCUGAGUCCGAGUACCAGCAGCUCCUGCGAGAGGCGGAGUACUACCAGUUGCUCGGUUUGGCUGAUUACAUAACUGAGAAAUUGUCUUGGAAAAAGGGUGACGGUACGUUGGAGACUGAAUUGACACGCAAGGAUGUGAUCAAGUGCAUCCAAGCCCAGAAAACCAGAUUCCGUGGAGUGAAUCUAUCUGGCCUUGAUCUAUCUAAGCUUGACUUAUCAGAGGUGGACUUCAGCUAUGCAUGCAUUGAGAAGACCAAUUUUUCCUCUGCUAAUCUUCAUAAAGCAAAGUUUAAGCUGGUGGAAGCUGCUUGUUCUUCAUUUGAACAUGCAAAUUUACACGAGUGUGAGCUUACUGGAGCAAAUCUUAAAGAAGCUGUCCUAGAUAGAGCGAACGUUCAAAGUGCAAACCUACAAGAUGCAUGCUUAACGGGCUGUAGUUUCAUUGAAACAGAUCUUCGGUCCGCCCAUUUACAGAGUGCUAAUCUUAUGGGUGCUGAUUUGAAUGGAGCUAACCUUGAAGGGGCCAAUCUCAAGGGGGCUAAGUUGACAGGUACAAACUUGCAAGGUGCAAAUCUUCAGCGAGCCUACUUGAGAGAAGUUGAUUUGCGUGAAACUGAUUUAACUGGGGCUAAGCUUGGAGGAGCAAAUCUGCUUGGAACUAUCAGAUAAUACACUGGGAGAAACUCAUAUCAUGUAUACUUUACAAUUGAACUCGCACCUGCCAUGUGCUUGUGUCUGCAGUUCUGGCCUUACUGGUGCAAACUCACAAUGGAGAAGAACAGUACAUCAGAAAAGAAAAAACUCAAAUGACUCAAAUGUAUGCAUCGACAGGUAUUCAGGCAUAUGGUGCACCAAAAAAAUUACAUUCCGGGGUAAAUAGUUUCUUGCUGCUGCCGAUUAUGGAGGAUAUAUGGCUUUCAUUGUUGAUUGUUGUACACUGAAUUGCUGUCACACCAAAACUUGAUGAGGAUGUAGCUAGUUGUUAGAUAUCAGAGCUGUAAUAUCAUUGCACGAGUAAUUGGUUUUUUUACACAAUCCAAAAUGCCCUGCAGAUUGGGAUGAUGGGACGUUGUUGUGGAUACCUGUAUCUGGCUCGUUUAGAGUAAGCAAUAUCUUUGUUCAUA